AUGUCAACAAGCGCCGUGUCUUCCUCGAUACUCUCCUCACCAACGGCAUCGUCGGCGUCGGACAUCUCACCUGUUGUGUCCUCUGCGACAGCCACUAUUUCAACCACGGAAAGCUCUUCUUCAACCACGUCAAGCUCAGUCAUUGAGUCUAGCCCGACAUCGAGCAUUCCGUUCUGCAGCUCAGUGAGCUCUUACUUUGCAGCAGACGGUUUGGCGGCGGCCACGUCUUUCUGCUCUUCGUUUUUGAAUGUGCCAGUGCAGACGGCGACAGUCACUGCGACGACGUAUGCGGCGACAACCACCGAGACACUCACUGUUAUAUCUGGGACGACCACCCUGACGUCCACUACUGCCAUGGAACCUGAGCCGGCCACCACCACAGCCACCGAAUAUGUGACUUCCAUCAGCAGAGUGACGACCACUGCGACUGUCUCGAGCCCGACCAUCAUCUCCAUCACGUCCUGCGCAGAACCACCAACGACCACCGUCUUCAAGCGGCUGCUCGUCACCUCUCUGCCAGGAGCCCUGGACGACUACAUGCAAGGAGACGAGCUCUCGUCGGCGUGCAGCUGUCUGAGUAUUCCAGUAUCUACGACGACUGUCACGGUGACGACCGCUUUGACCGCUCAAGCCACAUUUACCACAACGAUGCCCGUCAGCGAGACUGCGGUGACAACAACCACACCAUCGCCGACCCGGACAAACACCAUUACAAACACGCUCACCGUCACCCUCGUGAGCGUGGUCACGAGCACCAGCACAGUGUACACGUCGACCUCAUACACCCUCGCUGUGCCGACAUUCCGCAUUACCGCACACUACGUCCCCGACGCCGACGGCAGCAUCCCGCGGUCCGACCAGUCCAUCUACGUCAACUACGACCGCGUGCCGCAGCUCUAUGGCCUGCGAGUAAACCCCGACGAUCUUGCUUACCAGUACCGCUUGAGCAGUCCGGGCGAGACGGACUCGCUUGGCCGGCCCGUGACCGCGGGCACCUUGAUCACCGACAUCGGCGGCGCCCCCAAGUACGGGUAUUCGAGCAAUAACGGCCUCCGCACGUAUCCGUACUUCGGGGACACUGUCAGCUACUACACGCCCCUGACGUGCUCGCUCAUCUUUGCGGACCCGGCCGCGGGGUUCGACGGCACGUGUCCGCUCCAGUGUCAAGGGUGGGCCGGAUCCGUGAGCUUCGCGGCGGCGCGGUACGUUGGCGGCAUGUACGCCUGGAACUUGGCGACUUCUGGUAACGCAAAGGCUAACGGAUACAUUUUUAUCCCUCACGCCGUCGGCUCUGCCUGA